AUGCGCGCUUUCUGGUGGUCCGCGGUCUUCGCCAUCGGCUGUAUGGCGGCACCCAUCCGUCCGACGCACCCACUCACCAUCCGACAGGAGGUGACCCAGAAGAAGAAGCGCGCCUCCCCGUUGACCUCCGACGGCGACGUGGACCCGACCAACGACGGGACCGUCAACAAUGACGUCUCCCUGAUCCGCUUGUGUUAG